AUGAGCUUGUUGCAGACAGCAAAAGAAGACCAAGUUGCAACAUCAAGCACAACCACGUGUACUGUAUCUACACGCCAUCCCAGCUCUGAAAAACUGACAUUUAUGGAGGGAUACAUUCGGAAAUACAUUGAAUCAGACACCUCCACUAGAGAUGAUUAUAUGCAGCACAUUGCUGCCAUGGAUAACAUACAACAGCUUCGGCAAGAAAUCAGAAAGCUGUACGAUCAGUAUCAUCAGCAAUCGCUUCACAUAAAGAAACUGGAAUUUGAUAUAGAGAUGGAGCAAGGACACGCAAACAUUUUGCGCCAUGAGAAUCAGUCGCUCAAAAAGGCUGCAGUAGACAUGUCCAUUCUCGCCGAGCAAGAGGAAGAGUCUAUAUCCAACAAACUGCUCAAGCACAUUACAGGGCUGAAAAAGGAAAAAGGAGAGCUUUUGAUCCAGGUUGAGCAGGAAGAAGAGUGGUUGACCAACAUGUUGCAAAAGAAAUUAGUGCAGCUUCAAAAGGAAAAGAUUGACCUGGAGAACUCAUUGGAACAAGAACAAGAGUAUAUGGUGAAUAGACUGCAGAAGCAGCUGGAAUUACUUCGUCAACAGCACCAACAAAUUUCACCUAUUCCUUCUCGUCAUGGUUCUUCCGCAUGUUCCUCGUCCUCCAUACCAGCAAACCCUGUAGUUUCCGCAACGGCUGCUGCUGCUGCUAUACCGCCUUCGAGACAAAUUGCCGAUUUUAUGCUGCAGGAACCUCCAGGACUAGUGGAAGUGCUUCGAUAUGAACUGACCAAUCUAAGAGCCCGAGCCAUGGAAAUGGAGAAAGAAUAUUACCAAAAGCAUCAGCAGUGCCACAAGUACAAAACUGAACUAAUUCAAUUCAGAAGAGAAAACAAACUUCCACUUGAAGACAUAGACGAUGGUCGACUUCCGCGAGUCUUUCGAGCAAUGCAAGCUUCGUCCAAUAGUGAAAAACAGGGACGUCGGUCCGCUUCCAAUUCGUCUCAAAGAUCUACCACGACACCAGUAGCCACUACGCCUUCUACUCUGGAUCCGUUCGAGUUAACCUUUAUGCAUUCAUCCCAUAGUUUUGUCUCACCACAAUCUAUUUCAGGGAGCCGAUCGCCAUCUGCCAGUUCGUCUGCCAGCAGCAGCUUACAGAGAAAUAGCAUUUCCUCCAGCAGAAGGAUUUCUGGCAGUUUGUUUGGGUUGAGUGCCACUCCUCCGCAGCACCCGCCACAGUUGUAA